AUGUUAGGAUCGGACGCGGCGGAGGUGAUUCGGUCUGGAGUCGGAGGGGAGGAUGGGGAUGACGCGUGGGGUCUGGGUGUCAGCGACAGCGGGACAGAGGAGGGACGUGCGCUACUGCUGGCCGUCAGAUUUUCGGACGAUCUAACGGUCGCGGCGAGCCCAUCAGCCGCAGAACCGCCGUUGAUAGCCACUUCCAUUGUGGCCGCUCCCUGCUUCAGUAGACUGAUGAACCGCUCCAAGAACGGGGCAACCUCCGUUGCUGACCUUACAGAUGACCUUAUCAUCGAGAUUCUGUCCCUGCUGCCAGUCAAGUCAGUGUGCCGAUUCAAGUGUGUCUCCCGGCUCUGGUACAGCCUCAUCUCCCACCCUGAACACCGCAAAAGGCUUCCCCAGACCAUCUCCGGCUUCUUCUACCCCAAGCACAGACUCAAUGAUGAGUAUGAUGUGAUAACAUUUCCCACUUUUGAUGGUAUUUCAAGGGAUCAAGAGCAGCUAUUCCCUGAUUCCUCGUUGCCCUUCUUGACGGGAUACAGGCAUAUUUUGCCAAAGGACUGCUGCAAUGGCCUUAUUUUCUGCCUCUGCUGGAAGGACUCCCCAAUAGACGAAGCCGAUUAUGUGAUCCUAGAGGAUGAUGAGGACUAUGGAUAUAUCUCAGGUGUUAAUAUCUACUCAUCAGAGACAGGAGCCUGGAGUUACAAGGAAAAUGGUUGGGGCGACAAUGAGAUUCAGAUAGUUGAGAUGAGAGGCGUCUUUUUCAAUGGAAUGAUGCACUUGCUCACACGUGAGUUUAAGAUACUAGCAGUUGACACUGAGGUCUGGAUUCUUGAGGACUAUAAUGGUAAUGAAUGGAUCUUUAAGUACAACAUCAGCACUUCACAACUUUUCGGGGAGCUUUUUGGGGAGAAGGAUGUCACGUUACAACAGGACUAUGCUGAUCUCUUGUUGCAAAGGGACUAUGCUUUGAUCGCAAUCCAUCCUGAGUGCAAUUUGAUAUUCUUUGUUUGGAGGUGCGAGGAUGUGUUACUGUCAUAUGACAUGGACCGUGACAAGAGUGGAAGCCUGACUCCAGGGUGGAGGCUGACAGUUGUUACCGACAAUUAUAUGGAAUCUUUUACAAGUGUUGGACCUUCAGUUAUCACAACUAAACCAUAG